AUGGAGUACAAUAUUCCUAAUUAUACAUUUUUUGCUAAUACUAACGAGUCGUAUGCUGCUGGUGGUAUGGUGCUUGAUUAUUCUCUAUCUAAUUCUGAAAAUGUUGACUAUUAUCUUUCAAUUCUAACCGAAAAUGGUUUAUUUCCUUUUAUUAAUGAACCGACUAGGAUUAGUUCUGGCUCUUGCCUAGAUCAUAUUCAUGGUCGUUUCGAUACUAUUCCUUUGCAGUCAUGUGAAAAGGGAAUUUUUAAUUUUGAAAUUACAGAUCAUUAUUUUAAUAGACUGAACAAUAUGCUAAUUUUUGAAUUUUGGGAUGAUGUUUAUAAUGAACAAAAUGCUAGUGCAGCAUAUAAUAAAUUCAUUGAAAUUUUAAGCAGUUAUAUUUCCCAAUGUACAUUUAGUUAUAGUCCUCGUGCGAAAAAUAAAAAGUUAAAACCGUGGAUGAAUGAUAUUUUGUUGAGAAAAGUUAAAAGUCGUUACAAAAAGCUGUGCAAAUUAAUAAAAACUGAAAUUUCUGAAUGCCGUGAAAGAUUUUAUCGUAAUGAAUUCGUUAAAUGUAAUGGUGAUAUAAAGAACGAGUGGAGACUAGUUAAUAACUUACUGAGCGUAUCAACUGAAGAUGCUUUAUUAAAUUUUUGUUCGCAAAUAAAUUCAGGUCUGGACAAAAAACUAAAUUGUGCAGGUCUAUUUGUUUCUUUUACUAAAGCUUUUGAUAUGGUGAAUCAUAAAAUUCUUUUGAAUAAAUUAUAUGCGCUAGGUUUUCGUGGUUUUAUAUUGGAUUGGUUUAAAUCUUACUUAGAAUCUAAUUUAACAGCUUUUGCUGAUGAUCUUGCAAUUUCCUAUUCGUGCAACAGUCCGCUCAAUUUAACGUGUGCAAUCAAUAAAGAUCUUAGCUUAUUAAGAUAUUGGUUCUUCCGACAUAAGCUAAUUGUUAGUGAUAAAACAAAACUAAUGUUUUUUAAUUUUAUGCAAAAGGAACUUUCUGAUAUUAAUCUUAAUAAUAAUAAUAAUCAUAAUUGUAAUAAUAAUAGCAAUAUAAAUAAUAAUAAUAAUAAUAAUAAUAAUAAUAAUAAUAAUAAUAAUAAUAAUAAUAAUAAUAAUAGUAAUAAUAAUAAUAAUAAUAAUAAUAAUAAUAAUAAUAGUAAUAAUAAUAAUAAUAGUAAUAACAAUAAUAAAAAUAAAAAUAAUAAUAUUAUUAAUAAUAAUAAUAGCAAUAAUAAUAAUAAUAAUAAUAAUAAUAAUAAUAAUAAUAAUAAUAAUAAUAAUAAUAAUAAUAAUAUUAAUAAUAAUAAUAAUAAUAGUAAUCAUAAUAGUAAAAAUAGCAAUAUUAAUAAUAAUAAUAAUAAUAAUAAUAAUAAUAAUAAUAAUAAUAAUAAUAACAAUAAUAAUAAUAAUAAUAACAAUUCUAACAAAAAUAAUAAUAAUAAAAAUAAUAAU